CGUUAGCGGAAUUGUGCCUCUAUUAUCACAACGCUGGAAUGCUUUCCCCCAGUCCAGUCCUGGGCUAUGACCAGAGUACUGUCUGUCUCUGCAGUUGUCUAAUUUGCAUGCCAUAUAAACGGAAUAAAAGAAGUGUGUGACUAGCUUCUUUGGCCAGGGAUUUGCAAAACUUGUUUUGGGGACUUGAGAGAAUUGCAUUCCUUUAAUAACAUAAUGCUUCACAAUGCAUGUUUUUAUUUUUCUGUUGAAAGGACCUUCCUAACUAUUUUCCAAACUAUUCCACCGAAUGCCUAUCAGCGUGGUUUACUUUGGGGUGAGAGAGUAUCUGCCACACUAGGGGACCAAAGGAGAAGAGAGGAAAACCCACCACGGAGGGGGCUGGAGAGGCUGCUCUUCUGGACUCCUCAGGCUGUGCUCUGGGCCCACGGAGCCUGUGGCCUGGAGCUCUUACCUUCCCUACAGACCGAUGGAAUCUCAGGAAUCUACACCCGGCAGCCAGUCAGGGGAGAGCUGUUCCUUGGAUCUACCCACAGCGUGUGACAUCAGAGGUUGUGAAGCGUCCCAGAGAGCCAUCCAGGGAGCCAGCAGCAAGUGGCCACGUUCUCUGGAAAGCUGUUCUUUCCCUUAUUCUUCAACUGCUGAUUCAGGUAGCAGUUCUCUAAGUGCUGAGCAAAAAGGCUCCUGGGACUCCGAGACCUGGCUUGAUCCUUCUGUGAAAGGACAGUUGGAGACCUGCGAAGAGGAUGAUGGGCUUCGGAAAUCCCUGGACAGAUUCUAUGAAGCGUUUGUCCAUCCGCUGACAGGCACUGAGGAUCAGCUCUCUGCACCUGUGUGCCAGUGCCUGUCUCAGACGAUCUCUGAGCUCCAGGGCCAGGAGAGCAAAAAGUAUUCUCUCCGAAGUUUCCAGAUGGCCCGGGUCAUCUUCAACAGGGACGGCUGCUCUGUCUUACAGCGGCAUUCCAGGGAAACCCGCUUCUACCCUCUGGAGCGAGGAGGCAGCUCUGUGGAUGAUGAGGAGCCCACCCCAGGACUGUCCAGGGAGAUCAUUCAUUUCCUCCUGGAGACUGCACUGAAAGACUCCUAGGUGGGGCUAGUGUGAAAGCAGGCACUGCCUGGCCCUCAGAGUCCCUGGGUGGGUGGGGCUCCUCCCGGCAGCUUUCUGUUUCCAGCCAUUAGCUACAAGCUUUGCAGGUAGAGGCUGCACCAGACCUGGUGGCCUGUCCGUGUGCCAUCCCACCGCUCACCUUAGUCAAGGCUGCUACUGACUUACCUAGGGUUGAAUCCCAGCCCAGCUUCUUCAGAGUGCUCUCCUGGGACACGGCCAGGGCUGGGACUUUGGCAGGAAAUCACUUCCCUGCUUGGCUUCAUCCCUCCUCCUGCUCACCCACUGAUGUCUCUGCGACCUUUUCUUAAUAAACCUCUUCUAUCUGCAACCUUGCCUCAGUCUACUCCUGGGAGAACAAGCCUCAGAGGACAAGCUUCUGGGAGAUGAGUGUUUUGAGGAUAUACAUUUCCGUGCUGAAUCAAGGGUAACAAUUACACAGAAUUGUAAGUGAGGACCAACAGACUGGCCUAGAGCAUUGUAAAGAUUUGACUAUGCUUCCAAAACAGUAUGUCACAUCUUAAUCAUACUGGUGGCUCCUCUCCAAAGCCAGAAUUCCCUGUUUUAUACUGACAGUGGGGAGGGAACA